CAAGGACAAAGGACAUUUGUGGUGAAAGGCUGAUAUUAAGACCUAAACAUUCUAAUGUUGUACAAUUUGACCACUGGAUCUUGUGACACUCUAAUGUGCUUUUUAUAUAAACCACCACUCCUCCCCCUUUUUUUGAUCCCUCCCUGUCUUUCCUGUAGAUGUUAUAACCAGGAACAUUCAGAGCUGCUAAUGGAGCAUUUUGAUUAAGCCAGGUUUCAGAUAAACAUAGGAAGUCAAGGUUUGAAUCCAGUAACAGAUGCUGUAUUUGCUCACUUUUAGACAGUAUACUUCUAAUGUUUAGAUGACCUCCCAGAAGGCCCUUUGUUUUAGCCUUAGGGUCCCACACUAUUCUCGAAUGAUUGACAGUCUGAAAUACCUCCCACUUCCUGUUCUUCGCAAUCCCUGAAUUUAGUCGUUUUCUGUUUACACUCUGCGUCACUAUGGGGACGCGUGAGGCACAAGUUCCCGAAGUGGUCGCAGAAGGACCCGAAAAAACACAGGAUCCAUCCAACGACCCCACAAAGCCAUCUCCCUGGCCCGCUCCCCGUGAUCCCAGGAGGACACGGCGCACUCCACCCACGCCGACACCGGAGGCCACAGGCACUCCACCGAUGCCAACACCGGCACGAGAAACCCGCACACGUCGAUCCACCACCUCCGCCACAGCACCAGCACGGCUCCCCAGCGUCCCAUCCGCGGCAGCACCAAGCAAAGACGACGGACAGCAAAGAGAAUCUGGAAAUAUACGAGCUUUAGUUGGUCUGCUGUGGGUUACCUCUGUGUUAAUCGAUGGAGACUGGUAUGUUUGCUGUCAGAGUGAUCAAUCUGAACAACAGGCACAGUUAGCCUGCAAAGACAAAAACAACCUUACAGCUGAGGAACGCACAAUCAUCGCCGAACUGAAAAACCAUUCCAAGAUAAUUGGCUUCCCUGUGCUCCUCUCUAUAAUAUUGGUGGCAGCCCUAAUGUCAUCGUUUAAUUGGAGGAGAUGUUGUAAACGAUGUCCCAGGUGUUGUGACAGAAGAGUGCUGUAUGACAAACUGAUUUUGGAAGAGGAGAAAAAUGUAGUGAAAGAGAUUUGGAUGACAACAGCAAAAGAAAGGUUGACUGAUGAAGUCAAGAAAAAAAUAGAUGAGCAAAAAUGGACAGAAUGUUUUGAUGCUGUUGAAGAAGUGAUGAAGGAAUUCACUCAACGCAUACUUUCUCAACAACAACCACCACCACCAGGACCACCCAGCCCAAACUGUGAAGAGGUAGAUCUCAAGGCCACUAGAGACUUCUGCUCUUCUGGAGUUUUCACAGUCAUGACAAGGUCCUACAGCAACUUAAUGUUGCCACCAUGCAUUCGUUUUAGCUAGGUGUUCCUAAUAAACUGGCUAUUGAGUGUA